AUGAAGUAUAAAAAGUUGAAUAGAUUCAUGACUCGAGGAUCGUCUCACCGAACUGCUGAUUGGCGGUUGGAGAUGCUAGCGGCGUGCGAGGCGGGCGAUGUGUUCGCGCUACUAGAGGGUGGCGCGGGUGGAGCCCGUGAUGCGGCGGACACACUCGUAGCGCUCUACGGCGCCGUGCGGGAGCCCUGGCUCACGCGCGCCCUGCUGCAGUACCACGCGCGCACUGGCUCUACGCGCGCCCUCGACCUACUGGCGCGCGCCACCGACUUGCACGCCAAGCACCUGCUGGACGCGCUGCAGGAGCAACUGCGCGGCGAGCGAACAGCGCGCCACCACGCCCUCGCCGCCUUCGCGCCUCUCGUGGCUCGCCGUCCCCCCUGGCUGCAUCGCUUGCCCUCGCACCCGCUCACCCGUGACUUGCUGCGCGCCGCGCGCCUCGAACGAGACGCGCUACCUCUGCUGCACGCGCUGCUGGCCCUGGCCGCGCUGCUCCCCGCCGCGCCCGCGCUCGCCUCCUCCUGCUCGGCCGAUCUCGCCGAUGCGCUGCUGCGUCCGGCCGCUCUCGACCCGCCGCCGGCCCCGGUCGCACGCGCUCACCUCCAGCUGGCGCAGCGCGCGCUCUUCCACGCUCUGUACGCCACACACCCCUGCACGCUGGUGGAGGCCCUGCGCGCGCACGGGGCCGAACUGGCCGGCGGAGGACCGCGCGACGCGUGGGAGCGAGCCGUGGGAGCGCUGGCCGAGUGCGUUCGCCUCCAUCCCGCUCUCGUGACGGGUUCCCGUCAUCGCGAGGCCGAUCAAGCGCGUUGGGCGCGCAUCGACAUCCACGACGUGGUGGCGGAGUGUCGCCGUCUGUCGCUGUGCGCGCGCGCCGAGGAGCCGCCGCCGUCGCCGCUGACGGUGGGCGGAGUGACCCAAGUAGUGGCGCGCGGGUCCCCGGCGCCGCCCUCGCUCGCCUCGGGCGGUCACAUGUCGCGCGCGGUGAGCGCGCUGCGUCCCGGCGCCGAGCCUUGGUUCGCGCUGGGCGACCGCUGCGGCGCCGAUUCCGCGCCCCACACGCCCCUGCCCGCCGACGCGGACGCGGGAGAACCGCCGGAGGCCGCCGUGGAGGCCACCCCGGAGAACACGCCCGCGCGCGAGACGCGCGCACAGUUCCGGUUCCCCUCGGACUCGGGCGCCGUCCGGGCCAUCGGGCGUCGCUCGCGGCCGGCGUCCCCGCCGCGCAAAGAGACGUCUCCGUCGCUGAGCGCCGGGCCGGGCGAGGCGUACUCGGCACGCUUAGCUCGAGUGGCGCUGGAACGACGCGCUGCAGACUCGCCCGUCCCUUUCGCGGGAGCACCGCCCCCGGCGGGCGCCGCCGUGGCGAGGCCGGAACCGAGUCGACCGCCGCCACCGCUGGACGUCGGCACGGUGCCGGAGCCGUUGAACGUGGAGGAUCGCGAGGUUCUAGAGCUCACGACGCAAGCGAACGCGGAAGACGAGUGGGACGAGGCCGUGGAACCGAGCGUGGGCCUGAGCCGCACGCGCGAUCCCCGGCGCGGCGAGGCGGCGAGGCCGACCCCGCGACGCAGCGGCCCGCCGGCCCGGCGCUCGUCCUCGUGCUCGCCGCGCCUGCCCGGGGCCCGCCGCUCCUCUGUGGCGGUGCAGACGGUGGACACGUGGCCGGAGCCGCACGAGUUCCUCAUUGCUGACUUCUUCCGUGCGAUGCCCGAUGAGUUCAGACGACAGAGCGGGGACGGUAUCGCCCCGUGCGAGCGGCUGGACACCCACAUGGCCGAAAUGUACUCCGGACGGACCGGCGCGAGGCCGCCCGGCGAGCUCACCGAGCAGCUCGCGUUCGCGCACGCCCAGCUCAUGUACGAGCGCUGGAGGCGCGACGCGCACGCCGAGCGCAACCGGCGCCUGCUCGGCCGCUGCCGCGAGGUGCGCGCGCUCGAGCUGCAGAACGCCGCGCUCGCCGAGCGGGUGCGCGCGCUCACGCGCGAGCGCGACGAACUCCGCGCGCGGUCCCAGCGAGCGCAGCCCGCGCCGCCGCCCCUGCCCCCGCCGGCCCGCCUCGACACCGACGCCGCCGCCGGCUCCGGCCUGGAGGGCGCGCUGUUCGAGGAGCGGGCCGCGCGCCUGCACGCCGAGGCGGCCCAGCGCGAGGCGGAGCAGGCUCGCGCGCUGGACGCCGCCGAGCUGCAGCGCACGCGGGGCGAGUCCUUCGAGGCGGCGCGCCACGUGGAGUCGCUGGCGCGGGCCGCCCUGGCCGCCGAGCGCCGCGCCGAGCACGUGCGGCGUCUGCGGCGCGAGCUGCUCGUGCUGGCCGAGCGCGAGGCGCGCCUGGUGGCCGCCACGCGCGCUCCCGCCGCGACCUGCGCGCGCCCCGAGCCCGACCUGCGCGCGUACCGGGCGGCGCUGGCGCGGGCCGAGGCGGAGGCGGAGAGCGCGAUGGCGCGCUCGGAGUUGCUGGCGGCGCGCACGCACGACUUGGAGAACACGCUGGGCGCGCGCGACCAGGCUCUGGUGGAGCUGAAGCGACAGAUGCGCGCGCAAGCCGAGGAGAGCGCGACGCGCCAGCGCGCGCUACAAGACAAGUACGCGGCGCUCCUGCGCGUGCUGCGCGCGUCGGACGCGCGGGCCCUGGAGCGCCUCGCGCGGGGCUGA